UCUGGUAGGUUCCACAAUGGUACAGGCAGCCUCCUGCUGCACAAUGGUUUCCAGGCAGUGAGAGAGGGUGAUUCAGCAAGCUACUCUCUCUUCCCUUAAGCCUCCCCAUCUCUCUUUAUUUUUAUGGGGGUGGGUGGUGCUUCUUACAUACUUAUCCUUCCCCUCAUUUUCAUUUUUAUAAUUUUCCUUUCUCUUCCUCACUCCUCAAUUCCUAGGGGCUUGAGCGAGCUAAAGAUUGGGUCUUCUUGGAAGUCACCCAUCUGUUAUUAUUUUUAAACAAUCUCCACACCUCCAAAGAUUCCCCUCCUUAUUGCGGUUUGGAAUGUGGCUAACGAAAACCCAGUAGGGAGGAUUUCUGGGGCAAGCAGCCGGACCAGGAUCCUAGGUCUCAGGCACGGAAUAUGGCUGGUGUGCGAACACCACCGACAGGACCAUCUCAGAUCUUGGUUAUGGCCACUCACGCAAGAAGUUGUUGAAUUAAACCCCUUUCCUAUAGAUGAGAAACCACAUAAGCAGUGGUAUUUAUGACCCUCCGUUUCUUACACUGCUGCAGUGAACCAACCUUGGAUGUGAAACUCGCCUUUUGCCAGGGAUUCGACAAACACGUGGAUGUGUCAUAUAUUGCCAAACAUUACAACAUGAGCAAAAGCAAAGUAGACAACCAGUUCUACAGUGUGGAAGUAGGAGACUCAACCUUCACAGUUCUCAAGCGCUACCAGAACCUGAAGCCGAUUGGCUCUGGGGCUCAGGGAAUAGUUUGUGCUGCGUACGAUGCUGUCCUUGACAGAAAUGUGGCCAUUAAGAAGCUCAGCAGACCCUUCCAGAACCAAACUCAUGCCAAGAGGGCUUACCGGGAGCUGGUCCUCAUGAAGUGUGUGAACCAUAAAAACAUUAUUAGCUUAUUAAAUGUUUUCACACCCCAGAAAACGCUGGAGGAGUUCCAAGAUGUGUACUUAGUGAUGGAGCUGAUGGACGCCAACCUGUGCCAGGUGAUUCAGAUGGAGCUCGAUCAUGAGCGGAUGUCUUACUUGCUCUACCAGAUGCUUUGCGGGAUCAAGCACCUCCACUCGGCUGGGAUCAUCCACAGGGAUUUAAAGCCCAGUAACAUUGUAGUCAAGUCUGACUGCACACUGAAAAUCCUCGACUUCGGACUGGCCAGGACGGCAGGCACCAGCUUCAUGAUGACUCCAUAUGUGGUGACACGAUAUUACAGAGCUCCCGAGGUCAUCCUGGGAAUGGGCUACAAGGAGAACGUGGAUAUAUGGUCUGUGGGAUGCAUCAUGGGAGAAAUGGUUCGCCACAAAAUCCUCUUUCCCGGAAGGGACUAUAUUGACCAGUGGAACAAAGUCAUUGAGCAGCUAGGAACUCCGUGUCCAGAAUUUAUGAAGAAACUGCAGCCCACGGUCAGAAACUACGUGGAGAAUCGGCCCAAGUACGCAGGGCUCACCUUCCCCAAGCUCUUUCCAGAUUCCCUGUUCCCAGCGGACUCCGAGCACAAUAAACUUAAAGCCAGCCAAGCCAGGGAUUUGUUGUCCAAGAUGUUAGUGAUUGACCCAGCGAAGAGGAUAUCGGUGGAUGACGCAUUGCAGCAUCCGUACAUCAACGUUUGGUACGACCCUGCUGAAGUGGAGGCGCCUCCUCCUCAGAUAUAUGACAAACAGCUGGAUGAACGGGAACACACCAUUGAAGAGUGGAAAGAACUUAUCUACAAAGAAGUAAUGAACUCAGAAGAAAAGACUAAAAAUGGCGUAGUGAAAGGGCAGCCCUCUCCUUCAGGUGCAGCAGUGAACAGCAGUGAGAGUCUCCCUCCGUCCUCAUCUGUCAACGACAUCUCCUCCAUGUCCACCGACCAGACCCUCGCAUCCGACACUGACAGCAGCCUGGAAGCCUCGGCAGGACCGUUGGGUUGUUGCAGGUGACUAGCCGCCUGCCUGCGAAACCCAGCGUUCUUCAGGAGAUGACGCGAUAGAACUGCGCACAUGCACAAGCACACACACACACACA